AUGGAUCCACAGGUGCACGAAGCUUCAACCGCCAUGGAUGACAAAAACGUUAAAAUAGAAGUUCGAAGGCUUCGUAAUCAUGCCUGGACGGAGGUUGAAUUUGGCGUUUCAGUUCUUUCUCAUUUGGGUAUCUUGUUGCUGGAAAUACAAUCCCAUACACACAGACAACAACGGAAAGGUAUUACUAGUAUGGCAUCACCAAAUUCCACGCCUCAUCCUUGGCAACGACGUCGCAAUCUAUUCUGCAUUCCUCGGCUCUUUGGUGGAAGAAGGCAACCUUUCUACCUUCCAGGGCGUUCCAGCAGUGUAGAGAAAUCCAUUGUCCCUGGGAGAAGCGAUACAGUGGCACCACUGUCUCCCCUUCCGAACACAACCAACAAGAAAGUGCGUUUUGCUAGUCGCACAUGGACGAUGCGCAACAGCUUCAAGCAAAACCCUCAGCAGCCGGCUCAUGUGGCUGGCAAGUCGAUCCUCAAGAACGUAACUCCAAAUAAAAGUACAAGUCCCUGUACAAAAUCUGCGGAGAAGGUCUCAAAAAAGAUGUCCACACCACCGCCACCCCCCUUGCACGUCUUGGUUCGCGACCAGCAGAUGGCAAAGCCUAAGCAGGAUUACAAGAGCAAGUCAUCUCUACCACAACAAAUGCUUGUGAUGAAUGAUAAGAACAACGUAUCCAAAAAGGAAAACUUGAAGACACAGGAAAAGGCCCCAGAGAAGAAAACUGUGCCAUCUCUACCUCCAUUGCAUGUUUUGGUUUGCAACCAGUCAGAGAAGCAGAAGAGUUGCAGAAAGAACCAAGAGCGGCAAGAAAACUCUUAUGAGACGCUGCUACUGGAGAUGCAGAAACAUCGCAAGAGAAGUCACAAUUUGGCUCUAUCCGCCCAAGACUUUGAAGAGGCUAUCAUUCCACAGCUCACCCAGCCUGUUUGA